ACGAUGAAAUGAUAGGGAAAUAAUCAGUUCUAACAUACCUAUGUAUAUACAAAAAUGUGUGUGCAUUCGAAUAUAUACAUGUGAAUAAAUACUAAUCAGUAUCAAUUAAGUCACUGUCAGGUGAACAAGCAACGGUAAAAUGCGAUUGAUUAAAGAGUGUAGAAAAAGAGUUAUAUUUUGAAAAGCUUACUGAGCGAUAUUUGCCUUCUCAAAAGAGUGUUAAAAACAGAACUUGCUUGCGGAAAAAUUUGAAUUUUCGAAAGCUGCAAAAUGAGUGACGUCACCGGUGAAGAACCAACAUGGCUAGACCACACGUACUUGACGAAGAUACUUCAAAAAUACACUGAAAAUCAAUUAAAGGGAAUCAUUUCAUUUACAAAAGCGCCAGCAACCAAAAAAGGUGAAAACUAUGCAAGCAGUAUGCAUCUUGUAACGGUCAAAUAUAAUACGACAGCAGAGCCGGGAGUUUUAAAGGAAAUAAACUUAAUUGUAAAAUCACGUCUAGAAGAAGAAUUGUUUUCGCAAAUAGAAGAAGAUUUGAAUAUUUUCCUUCGUGAAGCUCAAGUUUAUAAUAGAAUAAUGGGAGCAGCUGAAGAGUUAUUGCGUAGUGUUAACGACGAAACACGUUUUGGACCCAAGGCAAUUUUUGUGGACGAACGCAUCAUAGUUCAAGAAGAUCUAAAAUUACAAGGCUUUUCAAUACAAAAUGUUAAGACUGGUUUGAAUUUUGAAAGUUGCCGCUUAAUCGUGGAGAAAUUAGCGAAAUUCCAUGCAGUCACAAUGGUGCUCUAUCAAAAGAAUCCAGAUUUGUUUCGAUAUCAUUUGCCUAGCAACGUGUCUGAACAUUCUUCACCUCUUCAUGAUGUCUAUACAAAUACAAUUAAAAAUUCGAUUGAAUAUUGUCAAAAUAAUCCACAACUCGCACAAUAUGUGCCAAAGUUGCAAGAAUUUGGUGAGAAGAUUAUACCCAAGGUGAUUAACGUCUUUAGUCGCAGUCAAAUGGACCGCUACCAUGUUCUAAAUCACGGUGACGUUUGGGUGAACAAUAUGAUGUUUCGUAAAGACGUAAACGGCAAAGUAAUCGAAGUAUUAUUCGUGGACUAUCAAGAAGGAUUUUAUGGCUCUCCAGGCAUUGAUUGGAACUUUUUCAUAUUUUCAUCGUGGCAAAUGGAAGUGUUUCAAAAUCAUUUCGAAGAUCUAUUAACUAAAUACCAUUCCGUGCUGAGUGAACUAUUGUACAAGUUGAACUAUGAUCAGAGAAUACCCACAGUCGAUGAUGUUAGAAAGGAGAUUAUAAAUAAAGGUUUUUGUUGA